CUGCACCCCCAUUUACCAGUGUGUGUAAAAUAUGAUGAUAGUAGAUAAAAUUUCCACAGAUGCUGUGUGUGUGUGUGUGUGUAUAUACCGAGGGAGGGAAAGAAAAGGAGGAAGAGAUUGUGCAAAAGGGUCCAAGCUUUAAAGCAUGGAAUUCUUAGAUGAAUUUGAGAGCAGGCCAAGAUUCCUGUUCCAAUCCAAGCAUUCGCCGCAACCCUCAGAUCCCGAGCACUCUUCCUCGUCCUUCUUCUCUUCUCUCCACAAGCCCACCCUUUUCAUUUCUCUCUCUUUUUCCCUUCUCAUUUUCUCUCUUGCCUUGUUUUACUUUAAUUUCGAACCCCUUAAAUCCCUCCUUUUAUGGCUUUCCUUUUCCCUUCUUCUCGGCCCCUUUGCUCCUCCUUCUCUCACCGCCGGGGAUAUCCGUGUUGGCCUCGGCCCGCCUCUCAAGGAAAGCCCGAAUAUUUCGAUUGAAGGUACUGAAAAAUUCAACAGAAAAUCGACGAAAAUUCGCAAGAAACCAUCUGAAGACGCCAUUAGAUCCGAUGGGGUUUUAGAGAGAUCGACGACUACAGAUGGGCCGCUUGUUGAUUUAGCGGAUAAUGAAUCUAAUAGAUUUAAUGAGUCGUUUACUGAAAACAAAUCCGUGGAGCAAAGUGAGUGGAGUGAGGUGGAUGAGGACUUAUUGAGGAAGUUAAUGGGGAAGCAUCCGGUGGGGAAGCCGGGCCGUUGGGAGGCAAUAGCUGAGGGGUUCAAGGGGAAGCAUAAGGUGGAAGCCGUGAUACGGAAGGCUAAAGAAAUGGGAGAGAGGAAAGUGAGUGAUCAAGACUCUUACAGUAAAUUUUUAAAGGAUCGUAAGCCUGUUGAUAGACGCCUUGUUGAUAAGGGAGGGAAUGAAGCAAAUGCUGAAAUUGGAAUAGAAAAUCAAAAUGUGGAAGAAGGGAGGAAGGAGAGUACUUGGAGUCCUGCGGAGGAUUUAGCAUUGCUCAACGCAUUAAAGGCAUUCCCGAAGGACGUUGCAAUGCGAUGGGAGAAGAUUGCAGCUUCCGUUCCUGGAAAAACAAAGUCAGCAUGUAUGAAGAGAAUGACAGAGUUGAAGAAGGAUUUUCGAAGUUCCAAGGCUUCUGGCCAAAUUUCUUAGGUGAAUAAAGAACUUCAGAAACGAAUGUCUGAAGUUGGUUUUUCGGAAGGAAGGAUACCAUGGUAAAUGCCUAGCUGAUCAAGGAUAUCAAAAUUUAUCCAUUUUAAAUUAUAGGAGAGUGAAGGAGGAUUGUUUCUUUUACGCUGAUAAUUUAGUACCACUUAAUAAUGCUCAGACAGCAGGAAGAACAGAGACUUAUUUGUCCAUGAUCUAAAUACCAGAACAGUUGUUGAGACUUGAAUAAUCAUACUCCCAUGAAGUAUCUAUGUUAUUUAAUAAGCACCUGUAUCUCCUCAUUGUCUUGCUCUUUCAGCUGUGAGCUUUCCUAAUAUAGUGUAGUUGGAACUUGACUAAUUAUGUUGCCUGUAGCCAUCUAUAUGGUUCAUAUUAAUAAGAGUUAUUUUGUUCACCAAGAUUAGUCAUCAUGCUUACAAGAUCAUUUUCAUUGAAAAUUUGUGAUGCAAUUUGAUAGAUGACAUGGAGAAUAAUAUGACUGCUGUAGAGAUGAGAUUUGAAUAAAGACAAUAACGUUAGGCAAGUCUUUUCUUAGUUCCUUAGAGAUUACCCUACAUUUUGAUGCACUCGCAGUAGGAAAGAGGAACAUGAUUUUCUUCUCUUCUCUUUUUAGAGGGCAAUAGAUGCCCCCUGAAAACAAACUCGGGCUUGAAAUUUCAGGGAAUGUCCGAAGAUGCAAACGAAGGGAACAUUGGUUUCAUUUUAGGUGGUU